AUGGCAGGCAGGAGUCAUGCUGAGGUUCAUGGAUAUGUUGAGUUUGAACCCUCGUGUGCUUCCACGGGCUCCGACCCUCCCGCUUGGCCCUGUUUUGAUGAGCUUGGCGAUUAUAUUGGUCUACCACUCCCCUCACUGUGUCUGGAGGAACCCCGCCUCUCAUAUAAGGAUCAGUUUCAGGUUGUUGGUCCAGCUGGUCGUCUUGUUGCUGUAGCUGGUGAAGACCUGGUUCUGCCCUGUUCUCUCAAACCCAGCAUCAGUGCUGUGGACAUGACAGUGCAGUGGAGUAGACUCCAUGGAUCAGACACUCUAGUGCAUCUGUACACAGACUAUGAGGACAGAAAUGAGAACCAGAUUGAGUCCUAUAGAGGGAGGGCAGCACUGUUUAAAGAGGAACUGCAGAAAGGCAACACUUCAUUAAAACUCUCCAGAGUGAGAGCCUCUGAUGAAGGAGAAUAUAAAUGCUUUGUUCGAUCUCUCAGUUGGUUUGAUGAUGUUACUACUGAAGUCAGAAUUGAAGCUUUAGGAACCCACCCAGUGAUCUCUAUGGAGGGCUAUGAUCAUUCAGGAAGACUGAGUCUACUGUGUGAAACUAAAGGUUGGAACCCUGAGCCUGAAGUUUUGUGGUUGGACAGUGAAGGAGAGAUUCUCCCUGCUGAGAAUACAGAGACAGUCAGAAAGACAGAGGGUUUCAAUGUGAAACAACGUGUUAUUGUACAGGACAGUAACACCAACAGAUUCUUCUGUAGAGUAAUACUGAGAGAUCACAUGAAGGAGACAGAGAUUUUCAUCCAAAAUUAUGAAGAACAGAUGAAACGUGAAGGUGAGUCUUUAAUUUAUGAAGAACAGGUGAAACCUGAAGUGGAUGUGAUCUUGGAUCCUGACACAGCCCACCCUGAGCUGAUUCUGUCUGAGGACGGGAAAGAGGUGAAACAUGGUAAUGUGCGGCAGAAUCUCCCUGACAACCCAGAGAGGUUUAACAGUUGGGCAAACGUCCUGGGAAAGGAGGGGUUCUCCUCAGGGCGAUUUUACUAUGAGGUGGAGGUCAGGGGGAAGGCUAUGUGGGAUUUAGGAGUGACGGGGGAAUCUUCUAACAGGAAGGGGAAUAUUUGUCUAAGUCCUGAGGAUGGAUACUGGAGUAUGUGUCUGAGGAAUGGAGAUGAGUAUUGGGCAAAUGACUCUCCCUCUGUCCUCCUCUCUCUGAGACAGAAGCCCCAGAGGGUGGGAGUGUUUGUGGAUUAUGAGGAGGGUCUGGUCUCCUUUUAUGAUGUGGAGGCCAGUUCUCAUAUCUACUCUUUCACUGGUCAGUCUUUCACUGAGAAACUCUAUCCGUUCUUAGGCCCUGAACGUAAUAACAGAAGGAAAAAAGCAACUCCGCUGGUCAUCUCUCCUGUCAGUUAA